ACGAGAGAAAAUUGAAGAUGGAAAUGAAAAGAAGAAUAACCACGGCAGGUGGUUGAGGGCUGCCUAGAGCACUGGUAAUGACCCCUCUCUGAACAACAAGCGCGCUAAUCACACCGGGCAUAAAAACCCGGGCGGCAGAGCUCUGUCGCAGCAGUAGGAGACGCAGCUGCGCCUGCGAGUCCGCGUCCAACCUUCCGGUCGUGAAGAUGCUGCAUUCCAACCAUGAGCAUCGAUAUGAAUAACCUCAUAAUGACUCAUUUUGAUCAGUAUAGGCUGCAUUCUUCAACUGAGACAAUGCAAAACAGAAUAAGUGUUUCUCAAUGCCUGCUCAUCCGUGCGAGGAGGAUGACAAGAGGAGAAUAACAACCUGUUGACUUGGAAACUAUUAUUCUUUCCUCUCCACGAUGCAAGUGAACAGCAGCGCCCUGCUCCUGCAGGACCUCGGUCUGUGUGGCGGGGACGAUGAAUACGACAGCCCGCGGAAGGUCAACGGCUCGUGGGUCGCUGAGCAAAACUUUUCCCUCAACUGCUGGCUACAAUUUCUCUCCAAAGAGACUUCGUUGGACUUGCACGGGGACAGUGCAAAUUUGGUGGUGCGGGUUCUGAUCGCGCUCGUGUACCUCGUGGUGUGCGUCCUCGGGCUUGUUGGCAACCUGCUGGCCAUGUUUCUGCUGCGCUCGCGCCGGAGCCACCACUCGUCCAUCGACUGCCUCGUGAUCAGUCUGGCGCUCACGGACCUCCAGUUCGUGCUCACCUUGCCCUUCUGGGCCGUGGACACGGUGCUGGACUUCCGCUGGCCGUUCGGCCGGAUCAUGUGUAAGGUCGUGAGCUCCGUCACCACCCUCAACAUGUACGCCAGCGUGUUCUUCCUCACGGCCAUGAGCGUGACCCGCUACCACUACCUCGUAAACUCCCUGAAGAUGGGCAGCCCCGGCAGAGCGGCCUCUCGCGCCCGGUGGGCCAGCCUGGCCAUCUGGGUGGUGUCGCUCGUGGCCACUCUCCCGCACGCGCUCUACUCCACCACUGUCCAGGUGUCGGCGGACGACGAGCUGUGCUUGGUGCGUUUCUCCAACUCGGACCCGGGCCACUGGGACCCGCAGGUGCUGCUGGGACUCUACCAGACCCAGAAGGUGCUACUGGGCUUCGUCGUCCCCCUGGUGGUCAUCAGCGUGUGCUACCUGCUCCUCCUGCGCUUCGUCCUGAGCCGCCGCGCCGUGGUGGGCGGCGAGGGGCCGGAGGGGGCCGCCAAGCGUACCGACCAGGAGAGGGGCCGCCGCCUGCGCCAGUCCAAGGUCACGCGCUCCGUCACCAUCGUGGUGCUGUCCUUCUUCCUCUGCUGGCUGCCCAACCAGGCGCUGACUCUGUGGGGGGUGCUCAUCAAAUUUGACCUGGUGCCCUUCAGCAAGGCCUUCUACAACGCCCAGGCGUACGCCUUCCCGCUGACCGUGUGCCUGGCCCACACCAACAGCUGCCUGAACCCCGUGCUGUACUGCCUCAGCCGCCAGGAGUACCGCACGGGCCUGAGGGAGCUCCUGGUGCGCACCUCCCGCUCCCUGCGCUCCGUCUGCCACCGGGCCCUCAGGGGCCGCAGGGUGGGGGAGGCCGGCAGGGGGCUCCCGCCUCGCUGGUCCUAG